AUGUUUUCUCCAAGUAAGAGGACGCCAGUGUCACCGCGCACUGCGGUGCCCCUUCAUGGCUUGUUUAAAGACGGCAUCUGGUGCUGUAACUGCCCCGCGCGGCCACCGGCGGCACGACGGCAGACAAAGAAUGGAGGAAAGAACCAUGGCCGGUGGUUCUAUACCUGUGAGCAACUACCUCCAAAGAAGUGUGGUUUCUUCCUCUGGGCCGACGAGGCGGAGCCCCGCGAAAAGGCAGUCCUUCUGUCCAACUCCCACUCCGAAGAUGACCCGCGCGAUUCCUUCACAAGAACUCCUAAAUCAGUCCGGCAAGGUGGACCCGGCUUGCUUACUCCUCAGACAGGGCGCCGAGUAAUCGACAUUCCACCCCGUCAAGCCCGAACGCCGCCGAAGAGCGCAAAGGCCCGGAUGAUGGCUGAAGAUACAGAUGAAUUUGGGUGGAACGACGAUUCCGAUGAUGACGAGGAACUCGAAAAGGCGCUGGCCUCCAGCCAACCCAGAGAAUCUUUUAUAUCGCAACCAAGCUUCAACUACCCCGAAUUACCCUCGUCCAAAACCCCUCGCACGCCCGGAAUGACCUCCCCCGGCAAGCGCAAGCUCUCCGCCUUUUCAUUCGAUCACAUUACCUCCAGCUCUUCUGAAAUUCCAACACCACACACAUCCUUCUCUACGAGAUCGAAUCAACCCCCACCCCUCUCGGCAGAAGUGUGCAUGACGCCUACGCCGCAGCGGAAUCGCGACGUCCUGAGCUCUGACUCUAAACCUGAUAUCUCAGACCUUGCACGUAAUGCGACAGCAAUACUGGAGAAUCAUGGCGUUGUUCUGCCAAACAGUGCACAAGACGAGCUCAUUGAGCUACUCAACCGGUACGACUUGAAAAUGCAUGGCAUUAAUCGGGGGCGAGAGAUCCUUCGCACGGCGUGCAAACAAAAAGAUACCACGAUUGCGCAGCUGAAGGAGAAAAAUAUGAAUCUACAAGCACAGAAUGAGAUGGAUCGAAGUAUCAUUGAAGGAAUGAAGAGAUGA